UCGCCCUUCCAGCGGGCAUGUCUAGUGAAACGUCUGCAAAGAAAGUCCGGUCCGCUUGCCGUCGAUGCCGCCUCAGACGGGUCAAGUGCGAUGGACAGGUCCCAGCAUGCGGUAACUGCGCGAAAGCGGGAGUUCCUUGCAUGGACGUCGAUGGCCGCAAUGCGGAGCAGCUAAUACCCAGGACCUUUCUCGUAAAUGGACCAGCGCGUAUUCGAUGGCUCGAAAACGUGAUACGGACGAACAUUCCCGACUUCGAUCUUGCCGCUGGACCACAGGUUGACCUAUCCUCCUUGGAAUCGCCUCCUGGGCUGCCUACGGCGCAGAACGAAGCUUCGCCGUCUUUUCCAUUCUCGGUCGAAGGGGACGACGACCAUCCACCUCAACAGCAAUUUGUUUCGUCUCCACAAAACCCUCAAGUACCGAAAAGACCGCACACUACCAUGGCAUCCUCAGGAUCUGAGCGACCUCUGGCUGAAGAAGCUCGAUCAGUGGUUACAGAUUUGGGGAUGCUAACACUAAAUUCAGACUCACGGCAGCGACACUACUUAGGCUCUUCCUCAGGCCUUCUUUUUACCAGAAUCAUAGGAGCUGGCCCCGAAGAUUUUUCAAGCCCUCAACAGGGAGACGGGCGGAGCGUCCCAAGAGAUAAUCAUACAAUAGAGCCAACUCGCUCCGAAAGAAGCCGGGCCUUUGCUCAGCACAGACAAGCCAAAAGGCUUCAUCAACAACUAUACACGCAGUUGCAAAAUGACCUUCCCACGAAAGAAGAGACUUACUCGUUGCUUGAAACAUAUUUCCGUGAAGUCCACCCAGAUCACCCUUGUCUUCAUGCGCCAUCCUUCCUGGACGCAGUACAAGCACUUUACGACUCUGCUGAUCUUGGACCGGAUACAUCAGUGGGCCAUAAUGGCUGGCCAGAAAGCAUCAAACCAUUUCCCUACAACGGUAAUUUUGAGAAGCUUGCCGGCGCAGAAGUAACACCCAUCUCAAUUUACGCGGCCGCAUUCCAGGUCUUCAUGGUACUAAACCUUGCAGCUACCGUGCGGACACGAGGAAAGAAUUUUGAAGUUUCGCCCACAAGAUUCUAUCGCGCUGCUAUGUCUUAUGCAGCUGAGUGCUUUUCGUCUAUUACACUUCCGUCCCUACAGGGCCUGAUACUUCUAGCCGUUCGCAGCCUGAUGAUCCCGGCCGAAAUUAAUAUUUGGACGCUUGUUCAUAUUUGCAUAGCGCAUAGUAUCGACUUGGGGAUUCACAGAGAACAUGAAGAUCUAAGAAACGAGUCAAGGAAUAUUCGCAGGUUUAUAUUUUAUACCGCGUACUCAUUAGAAAGAAGAUCUAUUGCCACAAUACAGGGCCGGCCGCUUGGUAUUCGAGAUGAAGCAUUCGAUGUCCAACUACCUUCAAUGACUGGCCAAACCUCCAACCAGGUUUGGGAGUCAGAUCUGUUUGGGAUCAAAGAAGUUGCGGCUCAACUGGACUCAUACUCAAUCCACAAUUUUAAACUUCACCGGAUCCUCUCCAACAUCAAGCUUUUGCUUUACCAUCUACCUACAGGAACCAAUACGUUUCUAUGGCCAAAUGACACUUUUAAAUGCCAGCACGACCUUCAAAAAGAACUGAAUGACUGGUUUCAGCAAAUACCUGGAACAAUUUCGCAGUUAAGAAUGUCAGGAGACUUGGAACCUGCUGAAAUUGAACUGUUCAGGCUAAAGCUAAAGCUUCGUUAUCAUGCUGCAAUGAUCCUGCUAUACCAACCGUCUCAAGCGAUCAGAAAUCCCAACAUGCGCUCCUUGAAAACCUGCUUCGACCACGCCAUUGAGCGGAUACGCGGUUAUGAUGCGUUGCACGCUCGGGACAGCCUUUAUCUCAGCUGGAGGACAGUGCAGAGCAUAUUCGCGUCUGGGACAGUAAUGGUCUACUGCUUUUGGGCGUCGAAUGUUAUGCAGCAAUCUGUCAGUUUUAUAAGCCUCCCGAAAGAAUUGCGCACAUGUUCAAACCUCCUGAGCGCCAGUGGAGAGUGGUGGCCGUCAGUCAAACGCGGAAAAGAAAGUUUCGAGCGAAUCGUCGACUUGACAAUGCAGCGCUGGGGACAACUGCAAGUGGGCACAGGGUCUGAAUCGGCAAGAUCUUCAAUUACCACCAGCAUACCUGCAUGUGCCCCAAGUGACGUGGAAGAAAGAAGAAUGAGAGAAAGCCUAAUGGAACCGGUGCCACACACGGCUCAAAACCGUUCAGGAGAAAGCUUCCAAAAUAACGCUAGUUUUGAUUUGGAUGCUCACCAGCCUUUUGGCACUUCGUUUGGUAAACCAACCGCAUCGGAACCUGGGAAUGGAAUAACUACCGAGGAACGUGUGGACCCGGAGAUUGAAGCAUUCUUCAACAACUCACUACUUGGAGACUCGAUGUGGGACUUUCUAGAUGUAACCACCGAAAACCACAUUGGAAUGGGUGGUUUGUAG